GCGUCGGCCGCAGAUACCUACAGCUCGUAGCGUGUCGCGCAACAGACAGAUAAUAAACACAACAACAACAACGACGACGACGUCGACGAUAAUAAUAUAAUAUUAAUGUUUUCAAAUUCUAACCAUACAAAAUAUAAUUUCGUUUCGAAAAUUAAUAGUCUACGAAGACGGUCGCCGAGUAAGCACAAGUACUUUGUAUUAUCAGCCCGUGACAACGACUGGCCAGCCGCCGUGCACACCAUGACCGUGGCCGCCACAGGUUGUUGAAGUCUCCACGCGCAAAGGGCCGAAACAUGAUCACUCGACCGUCGUCCCAUGGCCCAGUAUGAAUUCCUGCCGCUGUGCGAUGUCCUGUUCAACAUCAUAUCGUUGGCCGCUUACUUCUGCGACAUCGUGUUCGACGUGGUCAUGGGCUACGCGCUGUAUUCGUACGGACGGUACGUGCCGUUCUGCGUUACGAUGCUGUUUGUAGGUGUAUCGGCCACGGUCGAACAGACCAUGUCGCUGCGUUGGUACUUGGCCUCGCGCUCUGUCAACGACAAGACGUCGGCGGCCGACAAACUGGUGCGAUACGCGGUCCAAGGAUUGCAUUUCGUUCAGCUCGGCGUCCUUUGGAGGUACUUCAAGUUGUUCCUGCCCGUCGACCUGAGGUACGUCAAGUUCGAGGUACGCGACUUGUGCAUGUUACGGUUGUUGCACGCCUUCUGCGAGUCCAUGCCUCUGCUAUUGUUGCAGUCGUACCUCCUGUGGACGGACGAAGGUGUCCUAAAACAUCUGCGCGACCUCAAUAAAGUGGCCAUCGCCCUGUCGACCGUCAGUGUAUGUUGGGCGCUGGCGUCUUUCGGUAAGAACGUUCGGAUGCAAAACGUCCACAGACUCGUCUUGACGUGGCUGGGAGUUAUAUUUCAGUUCCUAUGGCGGAUCGGUACGGUCGGAGCAAGAGUUAUAUCGUUGACCGCCUACGCCGCCAUGUACAAAUAUUGGAUACUAUUGGUGUUGAGUCUUCAUUGGUUGUCCAUGCUGUUGUGGCUACAUUCGCCGAAAAAUGUAUUUCACGGAGAACGGAUGUCGUCCAAGCGCAAAGCUUUUCUGUAUUCUCUGCUGGCUUUCGUGUACACGUUUGCGUACGUCAAUUUGAUCGAAGACAAUCAUAGGGAGAAAAUGCUGAUGUUUUACGUGGUGAUGGCAUUGGAAAACGCUCUUUUAAUGUUCGUCUGGAGUAUCGGCAGCGGUGAUAUCAUCAUGCCGUUUAUCGUUCUCGGAUUGUUCAGCGGCGGUCUAGUGUUCAUGGCGCUGUACUAUCAGUUUUUCCACGUAAGACGGCUUAAAUACGAAUCCGGCGGUCGACUGAGCAACGCUACCAACAGUAACAAUUCCACCGUCAAACUGGCGUUGGAGGCAAAGUACAAAGAUCAACUCAACGUGCCGAACGGCGGCAAAGUGGACCUCAUAAGGAGACACAGUUUCAGUAGCGUGUACGAAAACAUACCGCCCGGCGGUUACCGCAAUCGAGCCGCCGCCGUCGACGAAUUGCCGCCGACCAUACAGCGCAACCAAAGGUAUUACAGCGCGUUGCCGGCCAGCGUGCACAACGGCAUACCCGGCGUGUUCAACUGCCGUUUCACCAAUCCGUACGUGGCGGCCAUGCAGAAGAGGAAAAAGAAAAAGCCCACCACGUUCGUGCCGCCGCCGUCGUCGGGCCAGGGCGGCCGCGACAGCGUGGCGUUCUGGUGCAAGCCGCCGCCGCACUCCGAUCACAGCCGGCAAAACUCCAGCGACAACGGCAGCGUCCAAGAGUCGCCGCACGCCGUAGACAUCCGCCAAAAGUUACAGGAGAAGCGAUCCAAUCAGUUGGCCGAACUGAAAGCCAUCGAAGAGGAGAUCAGACAGGGCAAACUGAAACGGACACCGGACAACGACGAAGUGCUGUUGUCUCCGCAAGGGUUUCUACGACAACAAAAUUGGAGCAAUCCGCCGUACGACGCUCGAGAAAAUAGCUCGCCGCCAACGGCACGCGACCAAAUGCUGACGCUCGUGUACAAGUCGUACAAAUCGCCGUCGGACCUCGACUCGCAGAUAUCGUUGCCGCGGUCUUACACGCUGCCCAGGGAGUUCAAGUUUUACCGCAAGGUCAAGCCCAGGAAGACCGUUCGGUCCGAUCACUUUGUCGUCGCGUCCACCAACUCCAGCGACGGCGACGUGGACUCUGGCGACGAAGAGUCCGACUGCUCGCAACCGCAACUGUCUCCGCGGCCGUUGCGGCUGCCCGAACGCAACGCUCUGGGUGCCCGACACGAAACCAAACUAUGAGUUUUAUAAUAUGUUUUUAAAAUUUUUUUUGUACAGAAAAAACUUAGGUAAAUUUUGUUUUUUAUUAUUUUUCUUCCAAUACACAGUAUUAUAAAUAAUAUAUAAUAUAUAUUAUAUUAUGUAUAUUUUUCAUAAAGUGUGUAAAUAUUGUUUUUUAUACAAAUGAUUUUUAUGUAUGAAAUUUUUUACUCAUAAAAAAAUAUAUGAAAAUAAUUUAACUUAUAAUUAUUAUUAUAUUAUUAAAAAUAUCUAACGCGUAAAUAAUUGAUUAGUUCAAAUUUUAAAUAAUACAAAUAAAAACGAUAUAAUAUAAAUAUAUAUAUACGAUUAAAGAUCAAACAGAGAAAAAAAUUCAAUUCACAAGUACGUUCCGUGUUACAUACUUUGAUUGAUCGAGCCUAAAUUAUACAAAAAAAAAUAUGUUUUAAAAAAAAUAAAAAAUUUGUAA